GGCCCGGAGGCAGCGCGGGGAUGGCGGUGCCGGUGGUGCUGGCGGUGCUGGCCGCGCUGUUGGUGCUGCCCGCCCGCGGGCUGGAGAACGGGCUGGCGCGCACCCCGCCCAUGGGCUGGCUGUCCUGGGAGCGGUUCCGCUGCAACGUCAACUGCCGGGAGGAGCCCCGACAGUGCAUCAGUGAGAUGCUCUUCAUGGAGAUGGCGGACCGCAUAGCAGAGGACGGCUGGCGGGAGCUGGGCUACCAGUACAUUAACAUCGAUGACUGCUGGGCUGCCAAGCAGCGUGAUGCUGAGGGCCGGCUGCUGCCUGACCCCGAGAGGUUCCCCCGGGGCAUUAAGGCCUUGGCUGACUACGUCCAUGCCCGAGGCUUGAAGCUGGGCAUUUAUGGUGACCUGGGCACGCUCACCUGCGGGGGAUACCCGGGCACUACACUGGACCGUGUGGUGCAGGAUGCACAGACCUUCGCUGAGUGGGGUGUGGACAUGCUGAAGCUGGAUGGGUGCUACUCAUCAGGGAAGGCGCAGGCACAGGGCUACCCAGAAAUGGCAAGGGCCUUGAAUGCUACUGGCCGCCCCAUCGUCUACUCCUGCAGCUGGCCGGCCUACCAAGGGGGGCUGCCUCCAAAGGUGAACUACACUCUCCUGGGUGAGAUCUGCAACCUGUGGCGGAACUACGAUGACAUCGAGGACUCAUGGGUCAGCGUGCUUUCCAUCGUGGACUGGUUCUUCACAAACCAGGAUGUGCUGCAGCCGGCAGCUGGCCCUGGCCACUGGAAUGACCCAGACAUGCUCAUCAUUGGAAACUUUGGUCUCAGCUAUGAGCAGUCACGCUCCCAAAUGGCCUUGUGGACCAUCAUGGCAGCUCCACUCCUCAUGUCCACUGACCUGCGCACUAUUUCGCCAAGUGCCAAGGAGAUCCUGCAGAACCGCCUGAUGAUCCAGAUAAACCAGGACCCCCUAGGAAUCCAGGGGCGCAGGAUCAUCAAGGAGAAAUCCCACAUUGAGGUGUUCCUGCGCCCGCUGUCACAGGGCGCCAGCGCCCUGGUCUUCUUCAGCCGGAGGACAGACAUGCCCUUCCGCUACACCACCAGUCUGGUCAAGCUUGGCUUCCCCAAGGGAGCUGCAUAUGAGGUGCAAGAUGUGUACAGUGGGGAGAUCAUCAGUGACCUGAAGACACAAGACAACUUCACAGUGAUCAUCAACCCCUCAGGGGUGGUGAUGUGGUACCUGCAUCCCAAAGCACUGCUCAUCCAGCAGCAAGCCCCUGGGGGGGCGUCCCGCCUGCCCCUUCUGUGAGGCCCACGGCCAUCGGGAGCCCCAGGAUACAUCUCACCACCGCUCAAGUGCCUUCUUCUGGCGUGGAUGGAGGAGGACAUGCAGCUUGCACACCUGGCACCCCCUGAUGAUUUCUACUCAUUCCAUGUGAAGCAGGACUUCUUGUUACUCCCUCCCGUGGGCAUUCAAAGCACUCUGAGGUCCUCCUACAGAAGAGGAAUAUCCCCAGAGACCGUCCUUCAGGACCACACGUGGUUGCCUUUUUUCCUUUGCUUGGCUUAGGACAAAGGGCUGCCCACAGGGCUGCACUCCUCUGCCCAGGCACCAUCCCCACACACAAUCCCAGUAGCUUCACUAUGGUGUUAGCAUGAAAAGUUGCAGAGCUGUAGUGCAUUGUGCACAGGUGGUGUCUGGAAGGUGCUCAUGCUUAUUUUUGGUGGUCUUAAGCUGGGAGAUGCUCAUGGGUGCUGGCCAGGUUGCAUCUCGGUCUUGUGAGGCUGAACCCUCCAGCAUUUCUCAGGGAAAGGCUCCUCCUUUAAAGGCAGCCUGCACAAAUAGAAUGGGCUCAGGUGGGCUGUGGCCUCCCCUGACCACCUGAGGAGGGGUGCAACCCUCACCAAAAUCACCCCUUGCAAGGACAGGGCAGCCCAGGGAGACCCACACAAGGUGAAACCUCAAAGCAGGAACUCACCCUACUUUAAAUUACUGAGAAAAUGAACUUCCUCUUUCUAUUCAGAUAAAGACUAGAAGCCCACUCCCCUUCUUAAAGGGCCACAUGGCUAAUUCCUGCCCCUUGCAGAGACUUUAUGGUGCAGUAGCAAGAUGCUGAAUGCGAUGCUUUGUAGUGCUAGAAAGAAAUGAAUAAAUGAUGUGUCUGUUUCACAUCUUUGCAGGAGCUGACUUUGUUUUUGUGAUUUUGGCUAUGUAACUGAAAUAAAAGGGAAGCAGGGUG